ACGUUAGCGACAUCCAUCGAUGUAGUUCGCGCUGUCGUUUGCCUUUAGCAACAUCAUAGCCAACGUUCUAAACUUGGAGGGAACCCAAGUAAAACAAAAUAUUUCAGUUGCCUGAAGAGUAGUAACUGACGAAGAUCUCGAUCGAGUCUAAGCUCCUGCACUGGCAAGGCAUUGCACUGAUAUCAAAAUUAAUUCUCAAAUGAACUAAACUGAACUGAAUUGAACUGUACUGUACUGAGAACUCAAAUAAAAAGCAAAAUACUAAAUAGAAAUUAUUUUCAAAUCGAUUCUAAAAUUUGAAUUUUGAAAUAAAACCUCAAUUACCUCAAGUGUUUUUAAUAUAUGCACAUUUAGUAUCGCGUUUCAGUUGUGAUUUGUGAUUUAAAAACGCGAAACUCAAAGUGAAUAUUUUGUACUGAAGUGCGUGUUCGAACCCAUCGAUCGAUUCUAAGUGCGAACUAUCUAAAGUUCACAUCGAACAACCGAUCGCCUACAAUUUACAGGAUCAUAUAUCACUCAAACUCCCUUAUUGAUAAUGGCGGAGUGUAACAACGAAGAGGCUUUCAAUCUACGAAUUGGUUAUCUGAAACCAGAGACUGAGGAACUAGCUAGGACAGAACUCAACGAAACCCCCGAAACCAAAGAGAUAGCAAUUAGAGAACUACGUGAACUCCUCCACAGUUGUGCCGAUAUCAAAUACAGAGACGAUGAUGAUUUUCUUGUGAUAUUUCUGAGAUGUUGCCACUUCUAUCCCAAAAGUGCAUUCGAAAAAAUGAAAUCAGUGGCAAGCUUUCGUAAGGACUAUGCGUUACUCGUGAGGGGAUUGCUGGUGGAACAGGUCAAGGAAAAAUUUGUACAAGGUAGCGCAGUAAAUGUAUUGAGAAAUUGCGAUCAGAAAGGACGUCGCGUAUUAAUUGUUAAUUGCGGAAAAUUGUGGAAUCCUAGCGAAAUACCGCCAGAUGAACUCUUCCGUAUGUUAUAUAUGGUGCACAUUGCAGCACAACUUGAGCCAGAAACACAAAUACGAGGUGUUGUGGUUAUUAUGGAUUUUGAUGGUCUCGCAAUGAAACAAGUGAAAGCGCUUUCCCCAAGUUUUUCGAAGCGGCUUCUUUCGUUUAUACAAGAUGCAAUGCCAUUGCGCAUGAGAGAGGUGCAUUUCGUAAAACAACCAUUCAUCUUUAAAAUGGUUUGGCAGCUAUUUAAGCCAUUUGUCCGCGAGAAAUUGAACAAAAGGAUGCACUUCCAUGGUAACGAUAUGAAAUCUCUGCAUGCAUAUUUGUCACCAGAGAUCUUACCAGAAAACUAUAAGGGACAACUGCCUAUGAUCAAUUACGGUGGUAAUGAAUGGUUGCCUGCAUUGGAGAAAAAUUCCGAAUAUGUUAAAGAGUGGGCCGAAAUGGGACCAGCCAAAUGGUAAUUACUGAAAGAUACUUCAGGCUUUCUCUGCGUGCUAGCAUCCUCCUUUGAACAAAUUAGCAAAUUAAACAUUUAUCUUAUAUUAUAAUUAUGACAUACCUCAUUUAACAUUCCAAAAAAAUACUUUUAAAUAAAAUAAAAUCGUUCGUAAA